AUGUCGGACGACGAGCACUUUGCCUCUGGCGCAGCUCCACCGGACGACGAACUUUCGCUCCCCAAAGCCACCGUCCAAAAGCUCAUCUCCGAGAUCCUCCCCAAAGACGUCAGCUGCUCCAAAGACACGCGCGACCUGCUCAUCGAAUGCUGCGUCGAGUUCAUCCACCUCCUCUCGUCCGAAUCCAACGAAGUCUGCGAAAACGACUCAAAAAAGACCAUCGCACCCGAACACGUACUCAAGGCGCUCGACGACCUCGGCUUUCCCGCAUUCAUCGAGGAGGCGAAAAGCGUUCUCUCGGAACACAAGGCGGCGCAGAAGGAUCGAGAGAGAAAGACGAGCAGGAUGGAACAGAGCGGCUUGAGCGAGGAGGAGUUGCAGAGGCAGCAGGAGCUCUUGUUCGCUGCUAGCAAGGCUAGGUUCGAGGCAUCGAAUUGA